AUGACUAUUGAACAUUAUGAAAAAUCUUUAUUAUUUCAAAAGAAUAUUUAUUCAAAUUAUCAUCCAUUACGUAUACGAACAUAUUUUAAGCUUGCUGAAAUCUACAACAUAAUUGAAAAAUAUGAUUUAUCAAUUGAUUAUUACUUAGAAAUAUUAAAUAAUAAACCAUUUAAUGAUGAAAAUGAACAAAUUGAUAUGUUACAUAAUCAGCUGAUAUGUUGUUAUCUUAAAUUAAAACAAUAUGAUUUAGCUAUUAAACAUGCUAAUCUUUCAUUAAGAAUUAGUGAAAAAUCAUUAGAUAUAGAAAGAAUCGAAUUAUCAUAUAUGUUAAUGAAUGAUAUUUUCGAAAAACAACAAAAAUAUGAUUUAACUCUUGAAUGUUAUGAAAAAUUAGUUAAAAAGUCAAUUGAAUAUAAUAAUUAUGAAAUCAUGAAAAAAGCACGUUCAAAAUAUAUAUCAAUUAUGACAUAUUUGAUUAUUGAAGAAUAUGAGAGAAACUUCGAAAACAAUAUGAAAAUUUUGUCUGAAUUUUAUGAUAAAUACUUAUUUAAUGAGAAUUUUUUUAUCUUUAAUGAUUUUCAACAAAUAAUUUUGUCGAUAUCAUUAAUUUAUCUAAAAUUGAAAAAGUUUUCUUUAGGUAUUGAAUAUUUGCAAAUAAUAUUAACAAAUAUUGAAAAACUAUCAAAUAAUCAUGAUAAAUAUCGAAUUAUAUUUUAUUUAAAUUCACGAAUAGCAUGGUUUUAUGAAAAAGAUGAAAAAUAUAAUUUAGCUAUUAGUCAAUAUAAAAUAAUUUUAUCAAAAAUAGAAAAUCUUGAUAAUCACGAUUUAACAGUUUGUAUUAUUGAUGAAGCACUACAAUGUUAUGAAUCUAUUGGUCAAUUAUAUUAUCAAUUAAAUGAAUACAAUUUAGCGAUCGAAAAUCAAUUAGAAGGAUUAGAAUUAAUUAAAACAACAAAUGAUAAUAAAUAUCAACAAGAAAUAUAUGAUUUUAAUUAUAGAAUUACAAAUUGUUAUGUCGAAUUAGAAAAUUUUGAUUUAGCUCUUAUUCAUUAUAGAAAAUGUGUAGAAAUUGAAGAAAAAACAUCUAUUAGUGUCGAAGAAUCUGAUGAGAGUCUUUAUAUGUAUGAAUGUUUUGGUAACUUCGAUUAUGAAAAUAAACAAUAUGAUUCGGCUAUUGAUUCUUAUAAAAAAGCUUUAAAUAUAUUACAAACAAAUGAUGAUCCCGAAUCAUCAAUAUCUAUUGUUAAAUUCAAUUAUAAAAUUGGUUGCUGUUAUAAUAUGCAACAAAAUAUGGUUUUAUUUAUUGAACAUUUUAAAAUAGCUUUAGAAAUUCAAGAAACUAAUCAAUUUAAUUAUGAUAAUGUACAAACCAUGGAUAUGAAUUUUCAAUUAGGAUGGUAUUAUCAACAAAAUCAAAAAUAUGAUUUAGCUAUUGAAUAUUUUCAAAAAAUGUUGAAUAUUCAAGAAAUUUUAAAUAUUGAUGAUAAAUCUUAUUUUGCUGAUUUAUAUAUUCGUAUUGGUAAAUGUUAUGAACAAAAAUCAAUGUCUGAUUUAUCUCUUAAAUUUUAUGAAAAAGCUUUAGAAUUAUAUAGGACAAUUAUUGAACUCAAUAGUUUAGAAGAGAAAAAAAUUACUGAUAUACAUUGGAGAAUCGGUAAAAUCUAUCGAAAUCAACAAGAUUGGAAUUUAUCUAUAGAAUAUUAUCAAAACAGUUUAAAAUAUCUAAAUAUUUUGAAUACAAAAUUAGUCUUUGAUCUAUAUUCUGAAGUAGGAUUCUGUUAUCAACAAAUAUCUAAUAGUGAAAUCAUGACUAUUAAUUAUUAUAAAAAAGCAAUUGAUAUUAAUCCAUAUAAUAAUUCAAAAAUAAUUGAAUUCUAUUAUCAAAUUGGUAUUUGUUAUCAAAAAAUAAACGAUGUCACUAGUGCUAUUCAAUAUUUUAAAAUCGCACUAGAACAAUUAAAUGAACAAGCAGACAAAGAUUUUGUUCAACUAGUUGAUAUACAUGCUCAGAUUGGUUUUUGUUUUUGUGAUAUAGAAGAUUGGAAUUCAUCUAUGGAUCAUUGCUUAUUGGCAUUUGAAAUAUAUCGAAAUAUAAAGAUGUAUAAUACUGCUCUUAUUUAUCGUUUAUGUAUAACUAUUGCUCAUUGUUUUGGUCAAAAUGAUAUGUAUAAUUUAGCUAUUGAAUAUUUUGAACAAGCGCUAAAAAUUCAAGAAGAUGAAAAUAAUCAUAAUAGUGACAAAAAAUUUGAAAUUAUUCAUUUAAAUAAUCAAUUGGGAUAUUGUUAUUUUAUGUCUAAUCAAUAUGAUAUAGCUUAUCAUUAUUAUGACAAAUCUAUUGAAACAGCUAAAAAUUCAUCAUGUUAUACCCGACAUUUUUCUAUAAUUGAUAAUUAUGAAAUGUUUGGAUAUAUUUAUGCAUAUUAUCAUAAUAAAAUUCUUGCUAGUAAUUGUUUCAACAAAGCAAUAAAAUUAUUAGAAUCAACAGAACCAACUGACAUAGUAAAACUAAGACGUAUCCGAAAUUCAUUAACAAAACUACAAUACAACAACAAUAUUGUUAUGAUUGAUAUGAUCAGAUUAUUAAUUAUUCAAAUAUAA